CUAGGUGGUGUGGCGAGCGCGUUGCUUCGAACACCAGAGCAUGGCACAGCGGCAUAACCAUAACAACCUGUAAGAAGGGCAUACGAUCUGCAACGCUGGUGGGGGCAUCCUCGUCGCACCACCGUGCUGCGAGUGACAGUCUGAACGUUUUUAAUUUGCCAUGUGAAUCGCGUUCCCCUUGGACAUCGUGUCCAUGCCCUCGAACCCUAUGACUCAACUCGGGAACUGACGUAGGUCAUUUUUCUCUGCUUUUAUCCUUCGACCAAACUUCGACGCCCAAAUUAUCGCAUCGCGCCAGUCCGAGGCCGUUAAGCCUAACGGCGGGUUCUAAGCUCCCGCCUUGUCCGGAGUUCCUAAACCGACGCUACCUCAUCCUACGCGGCGUCACUUCUACAGGCGACGAUCAUACUAGCCAAGAUGCAAGAAGUGCAACGCGAACCCCGCUUCAGUCCGGUUUCCGCAGGAUUCGGCGCAUCUCGCGGAGACCUGGCUGGCCUGUCGUGCUCGCGCUGCCGCGGGAGCCGCGUGAACGUCAGCGUUUUGCCCUGUUUUCACACAUUCUGCCCCAAGUGCCUGGACGAGGUUUCCGACAAGGGGGACCCGCUGGGCCAUUGCAAGUGCCCCGUCUGCGAAGACGGCUUGGACAGCUACGCCUUUUCGCAGUCCAUCAUCAUUAGUAACAUUUUGAACGUCGUCAAAGAAGACUACGAGACCGGCACCGCGGUUCCUGUGGCGGCCAAUCCUGUCUUGGACUAUGGGCCGUGCAGCGGCUGCGACGAGCACAUCCGCGCCGCGGGCCGCUGCAGGGACUGCAACGAGAUGUUAUGCGAGAACUGCGUGUGGGCGCAUCAGCGCGUACGUCUCACCAAAGAACACACCAUCAUUCACUUCGAAGAAGAGAGCCAGGGACAGCAAGGCGCCGCGCACAAAGCCCCAGCCGGCCCGCCAACGUACUGCUGCGAGAAGCACGACCGGGAAGUGCUUCGCCUGUACUGCGAGACGUGCAGCCAGGCCCUGUGCCGCGAGUGCACCAUGAAGGAGCACUUGGGCCACAGCUUCGUGUACCUGCAGGACGCCGUGAAGGCUGCGCGCACAGCCGCGCCGGCCACGCUGGCCGACGUGCGGGCGCUCGCCGACGCCCUUGAGGAAGGCGUCGAGCGAUCGCGCCUCAUGUCCGAGCGCCUGCGGCUGCGCACCCAGAGCGUAGCCGCCGAGGUGCGCACCACUGUCGGCCGUCACCGGGUGGCCCUGAACCAGCGCGAGCGAGAGCUGAUGCAGCGGCUCGAGCAGAUGCACCAGGCCAAGGAGCAGGCGCUGCAGCGGCAACGCGACCGCCUGGCCGCCGUGCUGGAGCAACUGGCGAGCUCAGCCCACGCCCUACAGCACGCACACGGGGACCUGGAGCUGCUGCGAGCCCGCACCGAGGCCCUGGCCAGGCUGCGUGACGCCCGGGAGGCCCCCACGGAGCCGGCUGAGGACGACCACCUCGAUUUCACGGCGCCCGACGGAGCGCUGCUGGCCGCCAUCGUGACCCUGGGCUUCCUCUCCACGGCGGGCUUCGGGCCCAACUCGAGCGCGGCGGGUGAGGCCCUGACCAGCGCGGUGCGGGGCCGGCCGGCCUCCUUCACGGUCCAGGCCUGCGACCACCUGGGCGAGCCGCGGCUCGUAGGUGGGGACCCGCUGCUCGUGACUGUCCGCGGGCCCGACGGGUCGGCCUGCCGCGCCGACGUGGUGGACCGCCACGACGGCACUUACCAGGUGGCCUACCAGCCGCAGCUCGAGGGCAUGCACACGGUGCGGGUGCUCCUGCGAGGCACAGACAUCCAGAAGAGCCCGUUUGCUGUGAGGGUGCGGGUGAGCCGCAACUACGGCGCCCUGGGCGAGCCCAGCCUGGUCUUCGGCACGGAGGGCAGCGGAGACGGCCAGCUGUGCCGACCCUGGGGCGUCUGCACAGAUGCAGGGGGCCGCAUCAUUGUGGCCGAUCGCAGCAACAACCGCAUCCAGGUGUUCAACGCGGACGGCACCUUCCAGCUCAAGUUCGGCUGCCGCGGGGAGCUGCCGGGCCAGUUCGACCGGCCUGCCGGCGUGGCCUGGGACUGCGGCCGUGGCGGACGCAUCGUGGUAGCAGACAAAGACAACCACCGCAUCCAGGUGUUUGAUGGCAUGGGUCACUUCCAGCUGUCCUUUGGCGAGUGGGGCAGCAAGAGCGGCCAGUUCAACUACCCCUGGGACGUGGCGGUCAACUCUGAGGGCCAGAUCCUGGUCUCGGACACGCGCAACCACCGUGUCCAGUUGUUCCGCCCAGACGGCUCGUUCAUCAACAAGUAUGGCUUUGACGGGCCGCUCUGGAAGCAGUUCGACUCCCCACGAGGCGUGGCCUUCAUCGGGGACGGCCACAUGGUGGUGACAGACUUCAACAACCACCGGGUCCUGGUGAUCCGGCCGGACUUCCAGUCGGCCAGCUACCUGGGCUUGGAGGGCAAGGAUCCUGGGCUCUUCCAGCGGCCCCAAGGACUGGCCGUGGACCUCGAGGGCCACAUCGUCGUGGCCGACUCCCGCAACCACCGCGUGCAGGUCUUCCGCCCGGAUGGCAAGCUGCUGGCCUGGUUUGGCCAGCAGGGCAAGGAACGGGGCCAGCUGGAGCUCCCCUCAGGCAUCUGCAUCGCUCCCGAUGGACGCAUCGUCGUCGUCGACUUUGGCAACAACAGGGUGCAGGUUUUCUGAGCCUUUGGGCGUCUGGUUAUGUCUUUGAGGCAUCUUUCAUUAUUAUUGCUUGUUUUCUUGCAUGACAUGAAAGUUGUUGUCUUUCUUUGCUUUGCAGCAAGACAUACUUUCUGUUUUUAUGGUUGUGUGGCAGGGGAGCACUACGCAAGUGGCUGUGCCUCUGAGUGAGAAAGUUCUGUACCCCAGCAGAACUCUUUUUGUGUGUGUAUUUUUUAUUUUUAUUUUUUUUUACGAACCUUGCUGAUCAAAUUGAAUGGACCACCCUUUUUGUCAAGUAACUGCGACUGCUAGAGUCUUCAUUCAGAGGGGGCUGAAUCUCCCGUGUUGGCCAACGGGGUCACUUUGCACAUUUAAAAUGCUCGCAUAGGUCAAGUCUGCACCUCACAAGGUGGUUUGCAAGUGUUUUAUUUAUUUGUCUCGUUCCGAGUUCAGCUUGUAGCUACAGGUUUCUCCUACAGCUAGCUGUUCACCAAAGAAUAUGUCCCUGUUUGUGCUAGUGAUAUGACUUCCCGACUGCUCACAGCCUCCAUUCCCUAUAAGUACUUGUGCCAUAUAGGCAAGACUGCAGAGCAGCUAGAUGCUUCAAAGUGCAUUUUCAGCAUCUGACACGUGCAAUAUAUUGAGUCAGUAGAAAUCUCAAAAUGACAGCUCUAUGUUUAACGAGGUUGUUUAUCAAAGUCGAGAGGUAUUUAUGAACUGUGCGUAACUUUUCACUUUAGCCUGCUUCUGGUGUCUCUUCAGCCCUGAAUGCUUUUUGGGAACCUGAAAAGAACUGGGAGCAUGCUGUUUUUGUCACAAUUAUGCCCUCUGGGGUUUUCUGUCUGAAGGCAUAUUUUUUUUUAUUUGGCAGUGACCAAGUCUCUCCAUUCUACUGUAGUUGCCACAGUUAACUGUGGCGUUGGUACCUGCUUUUCGUCUCAACUUUAUGGUAUCCAUGCGUGUAUGUUCAAUGCCACUGUUGUCAUGCACAUUUUAUCUACUUAACAGUCUUUGAAAGGGGUAUAAACAUUCCGGGACUACCCAUGGCAUAACACUUGCCUACCUCACAUUAACUCAAGUGUCCAGAGUGGCAGGUUUUUUGACAAGGCACUCUGACUCCCAAUCCUGGCUACCCCAGCAAAAAAAAAAAAAAUUGGUUCUCUACAUUUUGGGGUUUUCUUAGAUUGUGCAGCAUUCCUAAAAGCACUUUUUCUUUUUUUGCAAGUGUGCUGUGCACUUGUAUCACAUUUUUCACUGUUACCAAAAAGUCUCAUGUUUUUAAUAUGUUUGGAGAGUUCUGCCUCUUUGCAAUAUAUAGUCCAGUUGUUUUAAUUCAUAUAUAUAUAUAUCUCUUUUAAACAGUUUGUUUUCUUGGGUAGGCAAGGACAAAGCAGAACAUUCUUUUUUUGACGAUUGUGUCCUGCCACAAAUUACUUGCUCAGGGGGUUAGCAAGACCAGCAAGAUUGUAAGCUUGCAUUAUAGUGCCAUAUUGAAUUCUUGCUUUGCAGAAGGGGGGAAGCUGUUGUAGCCAAGCUCUGGAUGUGGUGCACUGUGCAGCUUUCUUGCUUUUUAAAUUGAAGUGACCUGUAAGAGUUCCUUUUAUAUUCAGGAUUGUAGAUGCGUGAAUGUAAGCGUCUUGGAUUGCUGCUUACUGUUGAACUCCUUUUUAUUUUGGUACUCAUAAAAAAAGUGUUCUGUGAUAAGAUUAUGGGCAUUUAUGCAAUUAUGUUCUCAUUCCUAGCUGUAGGGUCAAAGCAGUGCACCUUUUAGUUAUAACUAGCCACUAAGAUGUGUUCUGUUUGGUGUGGUGGAGUACAACACCUAGAUUAGGACCACGCGCUGUUUUAAGUCUCCAUUUGUGUUCCUUAAAGCAUCUACUACAGCCUUGUGGCAAACAGCCUUCUAUGAGAUUACAUAUGGUCUGUGCCUCCAAAGGACUGAAGGUUUACAUUCCAUAUAUUCCUGAGGCCAUACCUAGCCAUAUCUCGGUAAUAUGUUCCUGGUGAUGUGGCAGCCUCGCAGGGGCAUUGCUUUGCCAUUGGCACUUAGGAAAGGGUUGUGUUUUAAAAAGCAGUGAGACGGAUCCUCCUGAGGAAUGGCAUGUCUGCCAGAUUGAUUUUAAAGCUCUAUUUUAUAAGGAGUUCUUGUGAUGCAAAAUAAAGUUGCAAAGUUUUGUGAA